AACAUCUAUAAAUCUUAAAUCUUUGCAUCUUAAAAGUUUGAAAUAAGAACAAAAUGGCACACAAGUAGGGCUCGAGUUAUGACCUCGUCAACCCCCAUAACUAGUCAAUCAUCUUUCAAGAUUUCAUUUUAUUUGAAGAUUUUAAAGUUUAUUGUAGAGUGUUGUGUCGACUGUCGACCCCUGUAAAAUCGAUUUAGGAUUGUUGACAUCGAUAACGACAACAUUCGGAAUCCCUAUCCCUAUCCCUGGUUUGGACCAUGACCAUGUCUAAGUACACACAUAAAUUUAAUAUUAUCAAACAAUGACAUUUAAAUUUUGUGUAGAUUUCAGAAUUCAGAUAAUUAUUACCUACGGUUGCAUUCAAUACGAGCAAUUAUACUUAACAUAAUAUUAUCAGUAAUUUAUUAUCUUAUCUUAAAACUAAAAUAUAAUCAUUCGUACACUUGACCUUUUUAUUAUAAUAUCCGUUUCAAAUUUAGAAUAGCUUUGUUGCUCAUAAAUUUAUACUUGUUUUAUAUGGAGUUGAAGGUGUAAUAGUUAUUUUUUUAAAGGAAAUUUCGGUGAUAGUGGUAAUACAUAGAAAAAUUGUUUAAUAUUGGUUAGCUAAAUAAUUUUGGACAUAGUGACUACUGACUUGUAUAAGUUCCUGUAGUAUUGAAAGUAUUAUUGAAUUGGUUUGAAGUGCUAACAAAGUAUGGCAUCUGUUUUAAGCAGUAUAUUAAACCCUAUGCUGCCCUUUCAGAUGUUAUUGAAACUUUAUUCACUGUGUGUUCUAGUAGUGGACAUAAUAUGGGUUUAUUUAAAUACUAUAUAUGCAAUAAUAGGAUCUGUUUAUGGAUUUUUCAACCCACCACAGUUGAAAUCUUUAGUGAAUGAAACAGCACUUGUGAUUGGAGCUGGGAGAGGUGUAGGACAAUCAAUAGCACUACAGCUUGCUGAACUUGGGGCGGUUGUAAUAUGUGUUGAUAUAAAUGAAAAAAACAAUAGAAAUACUGUCAAGUUGAUUAAACACAAAAGUACUUCUGCUGUACACAGUUACACCUGUGAUAUUACUAAAAAAGACAAUGUAGUUGAUUUGAGCAAGAAAAUAGAAAAAGAAGUUGGUUUUGUUAGCAUGUUGUUUUACUGUUGUGGUAUUCCGAGCCCCAGGUCAUUAGUAACACAGCCACCUCAGGACAUACAUGUUACAUUAGAUCUAACACUGACUUCAUAUUUUUGGCUUAUAGACCAGUAUAUGCCACAAAUGAAAGCCAAAAAUCACGGUCAUAUAGUAGCAUUGACAUCAGUAGCUGGCCUCAGCUAUUUAAAGGAUCAGAUGCCACUGAGUGUUGCUCAGUUUGCUGUUCAAGGUCUUGCUGAGUCAUUGAUGGAAGAUUUAAGGGUGAAUAAGGUUAAUGGUGUCCAUGUCACACUUACGCAUAUUUACCCUUUCAUUGUUGAAGAAAAUUCUCAACUGCGGCUAAAAAUAUCGAGUUUCUUUGGUUCAAUAACACCAGAGAAGGCAGCUGCCUCUAUCCUGGACAGUGUGAGACGGAAUUAUCCUGAAGCUUCCAUUCCAAAACAUUUCUUAUACCUUGGUCAUUUACUACGUAUCCUGCCACGCAAAGCUACAGUAUUAAUUAGAGACCUGUUGGAUACUGGGGUGGAUUUCGCAUAGAGAUAAAAUAUAUAGCUUUUUUAAAUUAUGUAAAUUUAACAUAAUUAUGAAAUAAAAUUUAGUUAAAAAAAAUUAGACUGAUAAUCCUAUUGUAUUAGUGCCUUGACAAAUGUGAUAUUAUAAAUAUAUAACAAUGAUGAUAAAUAAAAAAUAUUAUUUUAGAA